AUCCGGGCCCAUCAGGUACAUGUCCCCUGUAGGGACCAAUCUUUCUCCAUAUGACAGUGGAGCGACGAUAGCCGGACUGUACUUUGCCUGACUACUGCGGACGAAAGCGGCGAUGAUGAUGCCGAUCGCCAUCAUGAUGAUGGUGACGAUGGCGACGACGGAAAUGACAACCGUGGCAUUGUCUACGGAUAAGAUGUCGUCUGGUCUUGGAGGAGGAGCAGCAUCAGCUACAGUGACGACGAAGAACGCCUGCCACCCUAUUCGCUACUUAUCGAGCCGUGCCGAUCCCCCUCUAGUUUAUACGUAUGAAGUGGUUUCAAAGUGGAAACACGAUCCGAAUGCUUUCACGCAAGGCUUGGUUUACGAUUAUGCGGGCGACUGCCUAUACGAGUCCACCGGUAUGUAUGGCGAGUCGUCGAUCCGACAGGUCGAAAUCGAGACAGGGAAAGUCCAGAAGAUUCGUAGACUGGCUCACGAUCAUUUCGGUGAGGGCCUGACGCUUUUCCAAGGAAAGCUGUACCAGAUGCUUUGGCUCACGAACGCCAUUCUAGCGUAUAGUAAACAGUCUCUGAAGAAAUUGGGAGUUCAGAUGAGCCCUAUGAAAGAUGGGUGGGGCCUUACGGACGAUGGAAACACACUAAUCGGUAGCGACGGCAGCUCCACCAUAACGUUCUUCGAUCCCAUCACCUUCAAGGAGGUUAGGCGCGUAGCAGUUCAUGAUGACGACAUGGAGGUGUCGUCGCUGAACGAGUUAGAGUACGUAAAAGGCGAAAUCUGGGCGAACGUAUGGAUGAAACACUGUAUCGCGCGGAUCUCGCCGAGCGACGGGAGAGUCCUCGGCUGGAUCAUCUUGAAAGGACUUGCACAGCAGGUGGAGUACGAUCGAAGAGCUAGGCGAAGUAUGGAUGUGCUUAAUGGUAUUGCAUGGGACGGGCAGAGGGAGAGGUUGUUCGUGACCGGAAAGUACUGGCCAACACUGUUCCAGCUGAAGAUUGGUAUUGCUGCGUGGGCGGAGGCCGCAGCUACGGUCGAGGAGGCACGGAAACAGUGCAUCCCAACGGUAGCAGAGCGUAGGAGAUAUGGGCUUUCCUAAAGCGUGGAGGAUUAUGCCUGCUCAUGGCGGCAACAUCUAGGAUUUUUGGCUUUUCCUGACACUCUACUGGAUUUUAAGAAGAAUUCCCCCCCCAGCUACGCCUGCCUGCGCGCUUGACGACCUCUGGAGGGUCGGGAGAUGGUCUCUGAUUAACACCCGCUCAGUUGAUGGCCCCCCUGCGAGGUUUGGGCAGAUGGUCUGGUACGCACCUGUUCAGUUGACGGCCUUGAGAGGUAUUGGCAGAUGGUCUGGUAUAUUCCUGCUCAGGCGAUGAUCUUGGGAGGUUCGGCACAGAGUCCGAGGGUUCGGCACAGGGUCUGGAGGUACGGCACACGGUCCAGAGUUUCCGUGAAUGGACCGGAGGUUCGCCACAUUGUCAGGAGGUUCAGUGGAUGAUCUGGAGCUUUGGAAGAUGGUGGUCUGGUCUCCCUGCCCAUUUUCCAGAUGGUCGGUCUGGUCUCCCUGCGCAGUUGAUGGGCUUGGGGGUCGUGGCAGAUGGCUCAGUUGACCUCGGGAGGUUCAAUGGAUAGAGCUCUGAUUCUGUUCUUUCCAGUGAAAGAACUCAGAACCUGGCUGUAUGCAGCACAGCUUUGAGGAGUCUUCAAAAAAAAAGAAAGGGGGAAAAAAAAAAAAAGGGCUUUGAGCCUUUGAGGAGAGGUCGUGCGAUGUUGGAACGCUACUGCACCGGGGUGCUGUCUGCAACUUCACUUAUGGUACAAAGUCGCGAACCCUGAAAACAAUUCGUGCAAGUUCUUCCUACAGGCGACAGGUAGGAGAGAAUGCCGCUUAUAAGGUUGCAAUGUAGGGGUCAUACACACACACACACACACACACACACAUGCACACACACGCACACACACGCGCACACACACACGCACACGCACACACACGCACACACAUGCACACGGCAUCACACACACACACACACACACACACACACACACACGCAAAAUUAAUCUCCACUGAGUUUAAGGGCCAUUCACACACAUUCCAUUGGGUAUCCAUGGCUGAGUGAGUUGGUGUGUAGAGUGGGUUUUACGAGUGUGUGGCAGGUUAGUUAGUUUCUCAGACUUACUGCCGUUCUCGUCAGGGGUUCUAAGUUCUUACCGUCUGCUAGGAAUGCAGAGGGUUGGUGGGAGUGAAGUCGGCCACGUUCCAUCAGUCAGGAGGUUGAACCUGGACAACCUGCCUCACUAUCCGGCAGUCAAAUGGAUCCUGGACUGGCGCUUUGUCCAGGUUCAGGUUCAACCUCCUGACUGAUGAGUUGGUCAAAGUUCCACAUAGCACUAUGGCAUAAUCAUG